AUGUCACCCGCGCUGCCAGAGCUGACGCCUUCCGCAGGUGUGAAGAAAACCCUGCGGGAUGAGAUCGAAGCCCUUCUGCGGGAGAGGAUUAUGGUGCUGGAUGGAGGGAUGGGCACCAUGAUCCAGCGGCAUAAGCUAAGUGAAGAAGACUUCCGAGGUCACGAAUUUAAAGAUCACGCCAGGCCACUGAAAGGCAACAAUGACAUUUUAAGUGUAACUCAACCCAAUGUCAUUUACCAAAUCCAUAAGGAUUACUUGCUGGCUGGAGCGGAUAUCAUUGAAACGAACACUUUCAGCAGCACUAAUGUCGCCCAAGCUGACUAUGGCCUCGAACAUUUGGCCUACCGGAUGAACAAGUGUUCUGCGGCAGUGGCCAGGAAAGCAGCCGAGGAGGUGUCUCUCCAGACAGGAAUCAAGAGGUUUGUGGCAGGAGCCCUGGGUCCAACUAACAAGACCCUCUCUGUGUCCCCAUCUGUGGAAAAACCAGAUUACAGGAACAUUACAUUUGACGAGCUUGUUGAAGCAUACAAAGAGCAGGCCCAGGGGCUCCUGGAUGGUGGGGUUGAUAUCUUACUCAUUGAAACUAUUUUUGACACUGCGAACGCCAAGGCAGCCUUGUUCGCACUCCAACAACUUUUUGAAGAGGAGUAUUCCCCCCGACCUAUCUUUAUUUCAGGGACAAUUAUCGAUAAAAGUGGGCGAACUCUUUCUGGGCAGACGGGAGAGGCAUUUGUCAUCAGUGUGUCUCAUGCAGACCCACUCUGCAUUGGAUUAAACUGUGCUCUGGGUGCAGCUGAAAUGAGACCUUUUAUUGAAACAAUUGGAAAAUGUACAACAGCCUAUGUCCUCUGUUACCCCAAUGCAGGUCUUCCCAACACUUUCGGUGACUACGAUGAAACUCCGCACAUGAUGGCCAUGCAACUAAAGGGCUUUGCUGUGGAUGGCUUGGUCAAUAUAGUUGGUGGGUGCUGUGGUACGACACCAGAUCAUAUCAGGGAAAUUGCUGAAGCUGUGAAAAACUGUAAGCCUAGAGUUCCACCUGCCACUGUUUUUGAACAGCAUAUGUUACUCUCUGGUCUAGAGCCCUUCAGGAUCGGACCGUACACCAACUUUGUUAACAUUGGAGAGCGCUGUAACGUGGCAGGAUCCAGGAGGUUUGCUAAACUCAUCAUGGCAGGAAACUAUGAAGAAGCUCUGAGCAUUGCCAAAGUGCAGGUGGAAAUGGGAGCCCAGGUGUUGGACAUCAACAUGGAUGAUGGGAUGCUGGAUGGUACAAGUGCAAUGACCAGAUUUUGCAACUUUAUUGCUUCUGAGCCUGACAUUGCCAAGGUGCCCUUGUGCAUCGACUCCUCCAAUUUUGCUGUGAUUGAAGCCGGGCUGAAAUGCUGCCAAGGGAAGUGCAUUGUCAAUAGCAUUAGUCUGAAGGAGGGCGAGGGUGACUUCCUGGAGAAGGCUAGAAAGAUUAAGAAGUUUGGAGCUGCUGUGGUGGUCAUGGCGUUUGAUGAAGAAGGGCAGGCGACAGAAACGGACGCCAAAAUCAGAGUGUGCAUCCGGGCCUACCAUCUACUUGUGAAAAAACUGGGCUUUAAUCCAAAUGACAUCAUCUUUGACCCUAAUAUCCUCACGAUUGGUACUGGGAUGGAAGAACAUAACCUGUAUGCUGUUAAUUUUAUCCAUGCCACAAAAAUCAUUAAAGAAACAUUACCUGGAGCCAGAGUAAGUGGAGGUCUCUCCAACUUGUCCUUCUCCUUCCGCGGAAUGGAAGCCAUUCGAGAAGCAAUGCAUGGGGUUUUCCUUUACCAUGCCAUCAAGUUUGGUAUGGACAUGGGGAUAGUGAAUGCCGGAAGCCUCCCUGUCUAUGAUGAUAUACAUAAGGAGCUCCUCCAGCUCUGUGAAGAUCUCAUCUGGAAUAAAGACCCCGAGGCCACUGAGAAGCUCUUACGCUAUGCGCAGACUCAUGGCAAAGGAGGGAAGAAAGUCGUCCAGACUGACGAGUGGAGGAAUGGCCCCAUUGAAGAACGCCUCGAGUAUGCCCUUGUGAAGGGUAUCGAAAAACAUAUUAUUGAGGAUACUGAAGAAGCCAGGUUAAACCAGGAAAAAUAUCCCCGGCCUCUGAAUAUAAUUGAAGGGCCUCUCAUGAACGGCAUGAAAGUUGUCGGUGACCUUUUUGGAGCUGGAAAAAUGUUUCUGCCUCAGGUUAUAAAGUCAGCUCGAGUCAUGAAGAAGGCCGUUGGCCACCUUAUUCCUUUCAUGGAAAAAGAAAGAGAAGAAAAUAAAACGCAUGCUGGCAUAGAAGAAGAGGAGGACCCCUACCAGGGCACCAUCGUGUUGGCCACCGUGAAAGGGGACGUGCACGACAUAGGCAAGAACAUAGUUGGCGUUGUCCUUGGCUGCAAUAAUUUCAGAGUUAUUGAUUUAGGGGUCAUGACCCCCUGCGACAAGAUACUGAAGGCUGCCGUUGAGCACAAAGCAGAUAUAAUAGGCCUGUCAGGACUCAUCACUCCUUCCCUGGAUGAAAUGAUUUUUGUUGCCAAGGAAAUGGAGAGGUUGGCUAUAAAGAUUCCGUUGUUGAUUGGAGGGGCGACCACAUCGAGAACCCACACGGCAGUUAAAAUAGCUCCGAGAUACAGUGCGCCUGUCAUCCAUGUCCUGGACGCGUCCAAGAGUGUGGUGGUGUGCUCUCAGCUAUUAGAUGAGAAUCUCAAGGAUGAAUAUUUUGAGGAGAUCUUAGAAGAAUAUGAAGAGAUCAGACAGGACCAUUACGAGUCUCUCAGGGAGAGAAGAUACUUAACGUUAAGUCAGGCUAGAAAAAACGGUUUCCAUAUGGACUGGCUGUCGGAGGCUCCCCCAGUGAAGCCCACGUUUCUUGGGACUCGGGUCUUUGAAGACUACGAUCUGUGGAAGCUGGUGGCCUACAUCGACUGGAAGCCUUUCUUUGAUGUCUGGCAGCUCCGUGGCAAGUACCCGAAUCGGAACUUUCCCAAGAUAUUUAAGGACAAAACUGUAGGUGAAGAGGCCAGAAAAGUCUAUGAUGAUGCCCAAACCAUGCUGAUGGCGCUGAUUGGCCAAAAGAAGCUCCGAGCCAGGGGCGUGGUUGGGUUCUGGCCAGCGCAGAGCGUGGGAGACGACAUCCACCUGUACGCGGAGGGUGCAGAGCCCCAGGCUUCAGAGCCCAUUGCCACCUUCCACGGGCUCAGGCAGCAGGCCGAGAAGGACGCCGCCAGCACAGACCCCUACUACUGCCUCUCGGACUUCAUCGCGCCGCUGCACUCGGGCGUCCGCGACUACCUGGGCCUGUUCGCUGUUGCCUGCUUCGGGGUGGAGGAGCUGAGCAGGGCCUAUGAGCGGGACUGUGAUGACUACAGCAGCAUCAUGGUCAAGGCCCUGGGAGACCGGCUGGCCGAGACCAUCAGGGAAGUGUUUCAGUUCAAGGGCCUGGAGUCCUUGGACCGCAUCAGGUUAACAGAAUCUUUAGCGAUGACACCUGCUUCAGCAGUAUCUGGCCUCUACUUCUCCAAUUUGAAGUCCAAAUACUUUGCAGUGGGGAAAAUUUCCAAGGACCAGAUUGAGGAUUAUGCUUUGAGGAAGAACAUGUCUGUGGCUGACGUUGAGAAAUGGCUGGGACCCAUCUUGGGAUACGAUACAGAGUAA